AUGGAUCCCCCUAAAGAAGACAUCAAGGCUGAGCCAAUCUGCUACGAUGGAUCCGUUCUCGAGGGCAGCCAGUCUCAGUAUGACACUGACGAUGCGUAUCUCAAGUCCCUCGGAAAGUCGGCUGAGUUGCAUCGCGUCUACAACUUCUGGACAUUAUGCGCAUACCAGGUCAUGAUCAGUGCGACAUGGACGUGCGUCGUCGUUUUCUACGGUGUGAUCUUUGACGUCGGUGGACCAGCCUCGCUUCUCUACGGAUCCAUCAUCGUCGCAAUCGGCCAAACCCUACUCAUGGCCUCACUCGCUGAAUACUGUGGCAUCUGGCCUACUGCAGGUGGUCAGCAGUUCUACGUCCAGAAACUCGCUACCGAAAAGUACCGACCGUUCCUCUCAUACUUCGUCGGUUGGUGUCUGCUUCUAGCCGAGACUGCCACUGGCUCUUCUUGUGCCUUGAAUACCGCCAACAUCAUUGGUACCAUGGUGUCCAUAUUUCACCCAAAUAUUGACUGGAAGCCCAGCGCACUCCCUUUCUACAGCACCGUCGGCGCCGUUUUUACAAUCCUUGGCUUCUUUGGCUGGGCUAUCACUCUUCUUGCCACAGCCCCGAAAGCCAGCGCGAAAUUCGUAUUUACUCAAUUCAUCAACAAUUCGGGAUACACGAAUAACGGAUGGGUGUUCAUACUCAGUUUUUACAGCCCUCUGUAUGGCCUUUAUGGGACGGAUAGCAUGAUGCAUUUGGUUGAGGAGAUGAAGAACGCCUCUCAAGACGCACCAAGAGCCAUGGUUUGGUCUAUGGUCCUUUCUGGCGUUGCUACUAUCGUCACUGAUCUCAUCCUACUGUUUUGCUGCGGCAAUUAUGCUGAGUAUGUAACGGCCUUGUCACCAUACGUCACUUGGUUUUCGGACGUCGCGGGCAAUGAGUAUGCCGGGAUCUAUGUUGCAAUAGUGUUUGGUGUCGUAAACCUUCUUGUUUGCACUGGCAUCCUGUCUUCGUGUUCCCGUCUCGGCUGGCGCAUGGCGGAGGACAAGGCAUUCCCAUGGUCCCAUCGCCUCCAGAAGAUCGAUCAUAAGCUGCAGAUUCCUUUGAACUUUAUCUUUGCCAUCAUGGUGGUCGAAGUCAUCAUUGGCCUCAUUUCUUUAGGCAGUGAACUGGCCUACAACGCCAUCGUCAGUGGUGCUGGUGUUUGUUUCGCCCUUGCCUACGCGAUACCAGUUACGGUGGCUCUUGUCCGAGGCCGUUCAGUUCUUCCACCUCGCCCUCACUUUGAUCUUGGCAGAUGGGGAUACUUUGUGAACUAUGUUUCUGUUGCAUGGGCCUUACUGACUAUCGUCAUCUAUGUCAUGCCGCUGUAUCUUCCAGUCACGGGUGAAAACAUCGGGAACAUGAACUGGGCCGCACUCAUUGUUGGGGCAACGUUCCUAUUUUCCGGUGUUUGGUGGGUAUUCGGAGCAAGAUUCAGAUACCUGAAGGAAGCCUCCUUUGAUACGGAGCCGAUCCCUGUGACGGGAGAGCAUUCCAGUAGUUCUUGACACCCUUUAUACUUAGACGCAGUAGCAUGACUAUCGUAGAGGCAAUUUUGACCUAAUUACGUGAGGAACUGUGAUAUGCUUGUUUGACAGAGGGCUGAUGCGUGAAUGGGAACAGAACAUAGGCGAUAACGUUGAAAG